GUCUGUUCCAACUGUGUUCCCAGGUCUCUGCCUCUUGUGGAGUGGGGGUCGGGCUGGGAAAGCCCCCAGGGAAACUCCCACGGAGUUGGGAGGAGGGGAAGGAGAGGCAGGGUCUCAAGACAGCGGGAAGUCGCCAGCCUGCUGCUAUUUAAACCGCUUCCCCUGGCAGUCGCAAGACAGAGGGGACAGCAUGAAGUUCAGCCCGGCCCUCCUGCUGGCCAUGGCCAUGGUACCCUUCCAGCUUGGCAGUGGCCAGUUCCUCCAUGUGGAUCCCCCUGAGCCUGUGGUGGCUGUGGCCAAUGGCACAUCGCUCCAGCUCACCUGCAGCUUGCCCUGUAACAAGAGCGUAGCCAGGGUGCAGUGGCUUGGCCUGGACACUGACUUGGCCAAUGUGCAGACCCUCCCUGGCAGCAGCAUCCUCUCUAUACAAGGCAUGCUGACAGACACGGGCAUGCGUAUGUGUGUGGGCUCCUGUGGGGGCCAAAGCUCCCAGCACUCCGUGCAGAUCCUUGUGUAUGCCUUCCCAGACCAGCUGGUGGUGUCCCCAAAGUCCCUUGUACCCGGACAGGACCGAGAAGUGUCCUGCACAGCCCACAACAUCUGGCCUGCAGGCCCGGACAGUCUCUCCUUUGCCCUGUUACUGAGAAACCAGAGUCUAGAGGGUGCUGAGGCCCUGGAACCAGAGCAAGAGGAGGAGGAGACCCAGGAGGCCGAGGUCACGACUCUGUUCCGAGUGACACAGCGCUGGCUGUUACCCGCCCUGGAGACCCCUGCCCCUUCUGCCCUCUACUGCCAGGCCACCAUGCAGCUACCCAAUGUGGUGCUGACCCACAGAAGGGAGCUUCCGGUCCUACAGAGCCGGACCUCACCAGAGCCCACCACCACCACCUCUACCAAGCCCUACAUUCUGACCUCACCAUACACUACUGAGGCCAGCUCCACUGAACUCCCCAACCACACAACCCUGCUGUCUACCCCUCCUCAUUCCACGCUUAGCUCUAGGACUCUGAGCUACGCUGGAACUUGCCAUCCUCAGAUCCAUCAGGACCAGGAGUCAGCUGGCUGGCAACUACUCUGCAAGGCACCCUGUGGCCCUGGAGUUACGGUGCACUGGACGCUGGCUCCUGGAGACCUGGCAGAGUACCACAAGAAGGAGGUCGGGGCCCAGGCAUGGCUAAGCAUACCACCCUCAGGUCCCAUUCCUGAGGGCUGGUUCCAGUGCCGGCUGGAUCCUGGGGGCCAGGUAGCCAGUCUGUAUGUCUCUGGCCAGGUGUUCUCAAAACCUUCCUCCAUCAUCACCCUCUGGAUUGGCAGCUUGGCGUUGGCAUUGCUCAUGCUGGCUUUCCUUGCCUACCGCCUGUGGAAACGCUACCGAUCAAGUCCUCCCCCAGACACCACCUCAUGCACACGCCUAUGAAGCUCGAUUGUGCCAGACUAUGGGGAUCGGAGAAUGACCAGCUGCUGGGUUUAGGGCAGUCACGAUGAUAAGAGUAUGGCCCCUUUUCUUGAUGGGCGGCACUUCUAAAAGCUCCUUCCAGCUGCUGGCCCAGAGCAGA